AUAAAAUAUGAAAUAAUUUAUGGUUUAAUGUUUAUACCAUACAUAACUAUAGUUACAUGCGAUAUGAAUUUAAAAAAUAAUAAAUUUAAAAUAGUAAUAAUAAAAAUAAUUGGAUUUAUAAAUUCUUUUCUCAUUAAAUUUAAAUAAAACUAUUUUCAAAAUAAUGUAAUUGAUCAUACAUACUUUAUAACAAACAUAAUAUUUAUAAAAAAGUGUAUAUUUUUAAUUUCUUUUUCUUAUUCUUUUUUCAAUAUUCAUUUAUAAAUAAAUGAACAAUUUAUUACUUUUUACAAUAUUAUUGUGAAACAUAAAUAAUUUUAAUUGAAUAAGAAAUAUAUAAAUAUCAAAUAAUCAAUAGGAAACAUAACCUCUUAAAAUAAUUUUAUUGAUAUAAGAAGUGUAAAUUCAUCUUUCAAAUUCUUACAAGAAUUUUAUAUAUAAUUCAAAUAAUAUUUUUUAUUAUAAAAUGGCAUCUACAUUUACUGUUAUAAUUCGACAAAUUUCAAUAUCAUCAACGUGUUAUGGUAAACGAAAUUUUCGUAUGAUUCAAUUAUACAAUAAAAGAGGUAGUCGUACAUUUAAGGAAGAACGAGCUAAAAAUCCACACUAUGAUAUUCCUAUUGACAGAAGAGGUGUAAAGCCAACAGGGAUGUGGGUGAAAAAUAAGUGGGUUAAUAUACCAGAAAUGAUACCAGAACUUGUUGUUCCUUCCUUAAAAGAUUUUCAUUUAAAACCAUAUGUUUCUUAUAGAGUUACAGAUUUUACUAAGCGUGAAUUUACAGCUAAAGAUUUAUUUGAUAUAGUAUAUGCUAGUAAAAUAAAAAAAGAUUUUGUUGAGGGUAAAUUAGAUUCAAAUGGUGAAUCAUUAAAUCCUAGUGAAAAUGAAAAAAUGACACCUGAAGAAGCUAAAGAACAUGCUGAAAUGACUGGUACAGAUAUUUUUUUAAUGGAUAAAAUAGAGAUUAAAUAAUAUAAACUAUUUCUAUUAAUUGUAAUAUCUAUUAAAUUUUUAUUGUAAUUAAAUAAUUAUCUUCAAAUAAAAUAGAUUCAAUGUUAUACUUUA